AUGAGAUUUAAUUAUAUGGUUAUGGCAUUGGUAUGCCUGAUGGCUACUACGAUGGUGGCUGGAACAUCGUUGAAUCUUCGUCCAAUCAUCGGUAUUCUAUCGCAACCAACUAAUGGUGAGAUGGCAAGUUUCGGUGACCAAUACAUUGCCGCCAGUUACGUAAAGUGGAUUGAGAGCGCCGGUGCUCGUGUCGUUCCUAUUUUCUUUGACUCUGACGCCGCCACUGUCAAGUCGUUGCUCUCUCAGAUCAACGGUGUCGUCUUCCCAGGUGGUGGUGUCGAUUUGGCUGCGCAACCAGCUUACACCGACACCUUGAAACUCAUCUGGCAGACCGUGCUGGCGUCCAACCAGAACGGUGGAUUCUUCCCACUCUGGGGAACCUGCAUGGGAUUCCAACAGCUCUGCAUGUUGGCCGGCGACGACUUUAACAUUCUCACCGGUUUCAACUCGGAGAACUAUACUGUGCCCAUCAACAUGACCGCCGCUGCCAGCUCGUCGACACUCUUCAGCUUGGCAUCGCCAGAGAUCAUGAGCGCACUCGCCAACCAACCGAUCACAAUGAACAAUCAUAUGUACGGAGUUUCGCCAGCUGCCUACCAACAGAACUCCGAUUUGAACUCGUUCUUCGAGGUGUUGUCGACCAAUGUCGAUCGUGACGGAUUGACAUUCCUCUCGACGAUCGAAGCCAAGAACUACCCAAUCUACGGUACCCAAUGGCACCCUGAGAAACCGCUUUUCGAGUGGUGGGACGAAGAGGUAAUGAACCACUCAUACGACAGUAUCUUGGCUAACCAAUACACCGCACUUUUCUUUGUCAACCAAGCCAGAAACAACAACAACAAAUUCACCUACCCCGCUCAGGAAUCGACCUCGCUCAUCUACAACUUCACACCAGUCUACUCAUUCGAUAUCGCUCCAGACUUUGAACAAGUCUACUAUUUCAAUAAUGGAACAAACCCAUGUUAA